GUGGAGACAGAGCCCCAACAAAGCAGCCGAGCCCAAGCUCAGUUAGUAUUAGCACGGUUUAAGAUACGCCGGCUCUGAAAAUAGAUCGGCGAUUUUAAUCGGCGAGGCUUCGCAGAAACCGCCCGCUUUUGUCCACCGUGGCACCCCACGCCUCUCACUCUAAAACUCACCCACUAAAUUCAGCCCAAAUGCAGUCCAAAUAAAUCCCAAACCCAAAUGCACACCAAAUUCGCACCCUUCAAUAUCCCUACCACCACCACCACGCCCCUCGUCCCCUCAGCCGCCCUCUCUCUCUCUCUCUCUCUCUCUCUCUCUCUCGCGCUCGCUCUCUCUCUCCUCGUCACUGCUAGCGCUUUGACUCCUUUCUCCGCCGGUGACCGCCGCCCGGAGCCGGUAGCCACUCCGGGGAAGUAGAGAAACCAGUUUAAAAGCAGAGCGUACAAGACCUCUUUUGGCUGCCGGCGCUUUUUUCGGGUCCCGGUUUAUGGAAUGACGGACUACCGGUUACCGGCGAUGAAUCUAUGGACUGACGAUAACGCAUCGAUGAUGGAGGCUUUCAUGAGCUCCGAUCUCUCCUCGUUCGGGUGGGCGCAGUCGUCUGCUGCUUCCACGUCCACGCCUGCGCCCGACCCAUCUCGGAGCGUGGCGCAAUCCCAGCCGUCCAUUGUCCUCUUCAACCAGGAGACGCUCCAGCAGCGGCUCCAAACCCUAAUCGAAGGCUCUCGGGAGAACUGGACCUACGCCAUCUUCUGGCAGUCCUCCGUCGAUCUCUCCGGCUCGUCGGUGCUGGGGUGGGGCGACGGCUAUUACAAAGGGGAAGAAAAUAAAGGGAAGCGCAAAAUGACGCCGUCGUCGGCGGCGGAGCAGGAGCACCGGAAAAGGGUGCUCCGGGACCUCAAUUCGUUGAUUUCUGGGUCCUCGACUUCCACCGACGACGCUGUCGACGAAGAAGUCACCGAUACGGAGUGGUUCUUCCUCGUGUCGAUGACGCAGUCGUUCGUUAACGGCGUCGGAUUGCCCGGCCAGGCGUUCUAUAAUUCAACUCCCGUGUGGGUCGCCGGCGCAGAGCGGCUCGCGGUUUCGUCGUGUGAGCGGGCACGGCAGGGGCAGGUCUUCGGGUUGCACACAAUGGUGUGCAUACCGCUAGUGAACGGCGUGGUUGAAUUGGGGUCGACGGAAAUGAUAUUCCAGAGUUCGGAUCUGAUGAACAAAGUUAGGUUCUUGUUCAAUUUCAAUAGUUUGGAGAUGGGUUCUUGGCAGAUCAAUGCGGAUCAGGGCGAGAGCGACCCGUCGGCGCUUUGGAUCACCGAUCCUUCUACGGUCGAGAUGAAAGAUUCUGUGAACACGGCGCCGGUUUCCUCGUCCCCUCCUACUACCAGUAAUAACCAGCACGUAUCGAAGCAAAUUCAAUUUGAAAAUGCGAGUACCAGCAGUUUAACUCAGAAUCGGAGUGCUGUACAUGUCCAAACUCACCCCCAGCAAAACCAGCAUCAGCAUCAGCAGCCGUCGCCGCCGCAGCAACAGCAGCAGCAAACCCAGAGUUUCUUCUCGCGAGAAUUGAAUUUCGGUGAAUUUGGGUACGACGGUAGCGGCACGAGGAAUGGGUGCAAGCCGGAGGCCGGCGAGAUACUGAAUUUUGGGGAUAGUAAGAGGAGUCCUUGCAAUGGAAAUGGGAAUCUCUUUUCAGGUCAUUCUCCAUUAAUCGCGGAGGAUAAUAAGAAGAGAAGGUCGCCGGUGUCGAGGGGGAGCAAUGAAGAAGGGAUGCUAUCUUUUACUUCAGGGGUGGUUUUGGCGUCUUCCGGUAUGGUGAAAUCUGCCGGCGGCGCUGAUUCAGAUCAUUCCGACCUUGAAGCUUCUGUUGUUCGAGAGGCGGAUAGUAGUAGAGUGGUUGACCCAGAGAAACGACCACGGAAGCGGGGAAGAAAACCUGCAAAUGGAAGGGAAGAGCCCUUGAAUCAUGUUGAAGCUGAAAGGCAGAGGAGGGAGAAGCUCAACCAGAGGUUCUAUGCUCUCCGAGCCGUAGUCCCCAACGUCUCGAAGAUGGACAAAGCUUCUCUUCUAGGGGAUGCAAUUACUUACAUAAAUGAGCUAAAAAGCAAGCUUCAGGGUGCAGAAUCAGACAAGGAGGAAUUGCAGAAGCAAGUUGAGACCUUGAAGAAGGACGCUGCUAAAGAAUCCCGGUUUCCUACUUCAUCGGCGCCACCUCCGCCUGAUCAAGACCUCAAGAUGUCGAACCAUGAAAGCAAGUUGAUAGAAGUAGACAUUGAUGUGAAAAUAAUCGGUUGGGAUGCGAUGAUUCGAAUCCAAAGUAGUAAACGAAACCACCCAGCAGCUAGGCUAAUGGCUGCCCUGAAGGAAUUAGACCUGGAUGUGCACCAUGCCAGUGUUUCAGUGGUGAACGAUUUGAUGAUCCAGCAGGCUACAGUGAAGAUGGGGGGUCGGUUUUUCUCACAAGAUCAGCUCAGGGCAUCCUUAUUUGCCAGAGUAUCCGAAAACCGAUAAGCAAUUGGUUAGAGCUCAACAUGAUCGAUAGGAGCUGAGAGUUUCUAUGUUCGUCAUGGUGGAGGGCUCUGGGACAUUUUAAGACUCCCUGGGUUGAGCUCUGUAAUAUAGUACUUUAUUUAGUUUCUCAUUAGUCCUUAGUAUAUUAAUAUAUAUAUGUUUAAGCUUUGGGGUGAUUUUAAUCGAGGAGCCUGAGUUCUCAGAGCAAAGAAGUUUGUGUUUAUCAGCUUGAAGAAUGGCAUAUGGCUCUGAUGGAGUUAGAACCACCUAUUUUUUUGUGAUUGAUUUUCUGCCCUUUUGUACAUAAAUGAGAACCCAAUGAAGUGUUGGGGCUUUUACCAUGUCUACUUAGUUAUUAGAAUUUGUCUGUACCUCUGUUUUGUAAGAUUGUAAUCUGUAAUAUUCUCUUCUAAUCCCUGUGUGUAGGAUUUUUCGUGGUUAAUUUAAGAGAUGAUGAAGAUGAAUAAAAUCAGACGAAUUUGAUCUUUGUUCA